AUGUUAUGGAAUAAAAAAAGAGACACAAUCUCAAUUAACCCGAGUAUAUUUGAUUCUGAGAUUGGUCAAUCCAUAACGAAACGUACGAUUCUUGCAGCUGCACACAAGAUUUUCGAUCCGAUAGGAGUGACAUGUCCAGUUUCAUUGAAACCAAAAAUGAUACUCCGAAAUUUGUGGGAGGAAAAAAUAGAUUGGGACGUGAAUUUAGAAGGGAAGACAAAAGAUGAUUUUUUGCAAUGGUCAAAGGAGAUUAAAUUGAUAAAAAAUAUCGAAAUUCCGCGAGCGAUUAGUAUAGGAAAUGUGACGUUACAUACAUUUGGGGAUGCCAGUGGCGUAGCCUAUGCAGCGGUUGUAUUUGCAAGAGUAGAGUGGGGGGAUUCCGUUCAAGUCACUCUAUUAAACGCGAAGUCUAGAGUAACACCAAAAGGGGCAACUAUUCCCCGCCUCGAGUUGAUGGCUGCGACCAUAGGUGUUCGUCUUGCGCAAACAGUGAUUCAAUCAUUAUCGCGAGAAAUUUUGGAUAGCACAUACUGGUCGGAUUCAUCGACAGCACUCGCGUGGAUACACCGAGACAUAGAGUGGGGAGUAUUUGUACGUAAUCGGGUGAAAGAGAUAAGAUCGCUUAGUGAGCCAAAAAAUUGGAAAUUUGUACCCGGGGAAAUGAACCCUGCGGAUUUACCAUCUCGUGGUUGUACCCCCUCCCAGCUCGUGGACUCACAAUGGUGGCUGGGCCCAUUGUGGCUUUAUCAACCAGAAUCUGAGUGGCCCAAAGGUCGUCAAGAAAUCGAUGAAAAAGAAAUUAUAGGCGAAAGGAAUAAAACAAUUGUGACACAAAUGACCAACAUUUGUAAUUAUAAUGUUUUAGACCCAAAAGAAAAGCAAAAAGUGGAAGUAUCGCGACACAUUUUUACUUUUCCAUAUAAAAGUGUUUGUGCGGUUGAUACAAGUGUGUUAUUUUUUUCUUCCCUUAUACUUCUAUCUGCUGAUAGGGCCUAA